ACUCCUCUUGGAGCCGCGAUGCAUUGUGGGAAGGGAGAAAGAUGGCGAUGUCCGUUAGGCGGACUCUGUCAGGUGUGGCGAGGGGCCUGCGGAGGUUCGAAAGGGUAUGGGCAAGUAGCCUGGGUUCUCGCAGCCUGGUCCUUGAGGCCGCACCCUCAAAAAGGGAAUCCCCAUGGCGUUUGUUGGGCGCGUUGUGUCUGCAGCGACCACCGCUCAUUUCCAAGCCGCUGACCCCAUUGCAGGAAGAGAUGGCAGCUCUGCUACAGCAGAUAGAGAUAGAAAACAGCCUAUAUUCAGACCAUGAGCUUCGUGCUUUAGAUGAAGCCCAGCGACUGGCAAAGAAGAAAGCUGAUCUUUAUGAUGAAGAGCAAGAUGAAAAGGAUAUAUUGCUUGUGCAAGAUUUGGAAGAUAUGUGGGAGCAGAAAUUCCUACAGUUCAAACCUGGAGCUCGGAUAACAGAAGCUGAUAAAAAAAAUGACCGAACCUCAUUGCACCGGAAGCUAGACAGGAACCUUAUUCUGUUAGUCAGAGAGAAGCUUGGAGAUGAGGAUGUUUGGAUGCUGCCCCAGACAGAAUGGCAGCCUGGGGAGACCCUCCGUGGGACAGCUGAGCGAACCCUGUCUGCACUCUCAGAAAACAACAUGGAAGCCAAGUUCCUAGGAAAUGCACCUUGUGGCCACUACAAGUUCAAGUUCCCCCAGGCAAUGCGGACAGAGAGUAACCUUGGGGCAAAAGUAUUCUUCUUCAAAGCACUACUACUAAGUGGAGACUUUACCCAGACUGGGAAGAAAGGCCGUCAUGUUUGGGAACCAUGAUGUAUAAAAUUUUAAGAUUCCUGUAUCUGUAACCACAGUUAAUUGUGAGUCUAUGCCUCCCACCGCUAGAAAGGCCUGAAUUUGGACAUUUGGGAAAAUAUGAAAAUAAUCACACGGAGAGAAUAUGAAGAGAAUCACACAGAGUUUUGUGAAAUGCUCACACAAAAAGAGACUCUUGGGACUCAAGAUGGAGUUGCUUCAGCCAUCUCAGGCUCACUCCAGGAGCCUAUGGAAGAGAAUAGUGGAUGAAAAUAUUGUUUAUAACAUUACUUAUCUUACUUUAAAAAAUUCCAGUCUAAUAGCUUGAAUUCAUAAAAGUCAGAUGUGCUUAUGAGGUGAUCCUACAGGUUCUGCAGUAUUCCUUGGUUCCUGGUUGUUUGCAUAUCUCCUGUACACUCUCGCCUACAAAGCUUCUUAUCCAUCAAGGAGGUUGUGUUUUAAUCCAUAUACCCAAAGGAGGCUUGGCCACAAAGGUGACAAAGUCGUUUUGUUUCCCCCUUUGGGAAAGGUUCUUAAGCCAACAAUGGCAGUCAUUUAAGUGACUAAGUUGCAUCACUGCAGCCUCUGCUAAUAAAAGAGUAUGUGAGGGCUGGGAUUGUGUCUCAGUGGUAGAGCACUUGCCUAGCGUGGGCGGGACCCGGGUUUGAUUCUCAGCACCACAUAAAAAAAUAAAAAGGCAUUUUGUUGUGUCCAUCUACAAAAAAAAAAAGAUUCAUAUUCUCCCUCCCUCCCCCCUCCCCUAAAAUUAAAAAAAAAAAGU